CUUAUACUACGUGCGUGUACCAGUGUAUAUUACAUAAGAAAAUAAAUUCCUCUAGACGGACGUGACGCGUGACCACCACCAGUGGAGGUCGACUAUCAUGCAGAGGUUCGAAGACAACAGAAAUUGUUCGGAUUGACAAGCCUUUGGCGCUGUAGAAGUUGAUUUGCUGAUGCCUCUGCUAUGUUUAAAGAACGGAUCACUCAGUGCUGCUCUACAUCGACUUGGUGAGUCUCUUUGGGCGCAGUUCUAGACAAUCAGUUCGACGCCGAGUAUGGAAUCUUACCGACGUCAUCUGUCGCACGCUUCAGCUCGGUCUAUUCCAUCUAACUUCACUCGAGCUCCAGAUAACGUAGUACUUCGCUGUCGGUGCUAGUCAAUCCCAAUGGGACUGCCUGGUUGUGGCAGUAUCACAUUUCGUGGUGAGAUUUUCGCCAGAAGACUUCGACCGGUUGAUGGACUACCUCAACAAUGUUCAUUCCAACGACCACGAGACAGCGGCGACAUCAACAAUAUCUGUUCAUUGCGAACCUCAUCGCAUGCAUGUCAGUUCCCGGGAAAUUCUGGUCACCACCGAUGCCAAUGGUGCAACUCCCGCCAAAGAUAGUCCUGACUGCUUCUUCCAUUACCAGCACGAAUUGUGCUAUCUCGAGCUGAUUUUGGCUCUUGCGAGCAAUUUCAAGUGGCAUCCCUAUUUGUUUGUCGAUUACCAUACAUCACAAAGAAGUAUACGCGGAUUUUGCUCUCGAGAUGCUCGUCGGAGGUGUUCUCGAAAGACUGGAGUGGCGAGGUCUAGAGCAGGGAGAGAGAGCCAUUGUUGUUAUGAAGGAGUCAAGAGACGUAGCCAACGACAUGCUUCAGAGGUUCAGUCCGGUAUAACAAGCAGGGCUUAUCACCGUACGAUCACGAACUGCUUCGUGAUUGGACAUUUUGGAUUGUUAUGAUUUGAACGCUGUUGUAUCAUCUGUCACGUUGCCUUACUUUAUACUUUGGGUCAUUUUCGAAGCGA